AUAUUUUACUGUCUUAUGCAUAUAAAACAUUUAUUUAUUUAAAACAUUUGUAUGCCACCCAAUUGUGCCACAACACCUUAAAUGGGAAGGCCCACUUAAGAAACACCUCCAUAUUCACUAAAACAUCUUAACACAAUGCAGCAUUGUAAUAAUGAUAAUAAUACAGUAAGAAUAAAGUAACUGCAGGGACUGAACAGAGAGACAAACUGUAUGUGUGUGUGUGUGUGCAUGUAGGCAUCCAGUAUUGUAAAAACAAAUAAAAGCAACAGUUCUUUGAAACAGUUGAGAACAUUCUUAAGGUUACAUUAAGCCUAACAUUAACUGAUGGUGAGUGAUGGACCUGGUGCUGGAGUGGAGUCAGGGUUUAAUUGUGCUGCUGGAGAGUUGGAGCAGGGGUUACUACUGGAGCCUAGGGUCUGGACGCUGCAGAAUGAAAAGCCGUGAAUACUGUAUCUUUAGGGAACUACACAACCACAAAGACACGCAUCACAAAGUGUGUCACAUAGUUUCCUAGAGAUAGUCAUGACUACCUCUAACAAAAAGCCAUUUAUCUCUCCAGUGAAUCUCUAUCUCUAUGUAAAGCCAUGAAUAUCUCUAGGGAAUUACAUGCCCACUGGUGACACAUUGCCAAAUGCAUAGCUUAGCUCCCUAGAGCUAUUUCCUGCUUUUUUCUAGAGAUAUUUAUAUAGUGUUUAUGGGAGUCCGUAUGUUCGUUAAGUAUGAGUUGUUCAUCACCUGGACAUUUGUAACUUGGAGACUACCUGUAAUGCUUUCCUGUAACCAUCGCAUUGCACAAAUGAUUCAGUUCUUUUGAUUUAGGCACUGUCAGGUAUCUCUUUUGACAAGAGGGAGAAGACUUCAGGAACUUCUUGCAAGAAAGUACCUUUGGGGGCCGACAUGCAGGAGAGCUACGAAACAGUUAUUUCAUUGGGUAAGGGAUCCCACUGCUCAGACCAGCACAAGAUCUUCACCUCCACCUGCCCACACCUUUUGCCCCUGCUGCAUUUCCCUACCACCACCCAACAGGUUGCCAUGUUUUCUACUCCCCCAGCAUCCAUCCUCCCAUUCCAACUCCCUCCACCACCACACUUAUACCCUGUAUCUCCAACUUUCCUUCCUAGAGCUGCUGAUCUCUGAAGGACCACAUUGGUUGUAAAAAGCAGCUGAUGCUGCUCUCCAAAGAGCUGGUUUAACCCAGAUCCUUGGCUCUGAGACUAACCUUCCUCAGAAGCAGAUGCCAUGAAAGUAGGUCCCUGGAGGUUGCCUGUGCCACAAAGUGAACCAGGUGUCAGAGCAACAGAGAGUGGGUGUUGCUCUGAAGAGCCCCACUGGCUGUUCUUCCACUCUGGGUCACAUUUGCAACUGUAGCGGGGCUCUCGAGCAACUGCCCACCUGGCAGCACCCACCUGCCAGCGGUUUUAAGACACAGCUUAAAGCAGCUUUCCUCAACCUGAUGCUAAGGGACUACAGUGCCUAUCAUCUGCAGUCAACACAACUGCCAUUACUUCUCAUUGAGGAAGACCAACGGAAGAAAUUGCCAUCAGCUGGCCCCGGAUAACUGCGUUCACAGAGACCCGAGGACGUAGAGGCUUGGCUCCUGGCCUAGAAAUGGAACCUGAGCAAGGGCAGCUGGCACCUUUGCAGGGCCAAGCAGCAGCAACGGCAGCAAGUCCAGCUGGCUCAAGUGAGGAAGGGAUCCUGCCCAACUUCCGGAGGCAGCUUGGGGUAAUCCUGCAGACUGUGGGCAAGGCUCAGGUGGAAAAGAUGCUGCGGGAGUUGGUGAAGGAGCAGGAGCAACAGGGAAGAGUCAGACGGCGCAAAAGAGUGACCAGGAGCACCCAGCACAGAGCAGGUGAUGGAAUGGAUGGGCAGAACCACCUGGCAACCCCACAGGAACUUCAUGUGGGGACAGUGGAGGGACCUGCCAAUCUGUCCAGAAAGCCACCCGAGAAUGAGCUGCAAGCACCCCUCUUGUGUUCAGGGUUGGUGGCAGGGCAGAAGCAAGCCAUUUCAGGAAAAAAUGUUCAUGGGGAUGCCAGAGGGUGUAAAAACAGCUUCACCCAUCAGCAGAGUCCUCUGGGAGCCAGAUGGGGGACAGGUCUCGAGACUCGGGAGAGCAUUGGCUGCAGUCCACUCCACAACAUGAGUCGAGAUGCCCAGGAUGGUGGGCGAGUCUGGCCACCUUUUGGCGAAAGAACCCAGUUUUUCUCAGGGUGGCAAAAGCAACGCUGUACCCAGAGACGCCGACGUCCACCUGCAGGAGAGAAGCCCCACCGCUGUGGGCCAUGCAGGAGAGCCAUCGUGGUCCCACCACCAAGGUCUAACUCGCCUGCAAGCUCUGCCUUGGCUCCCCUCGCAGAUUCUGCCUCUGUAACGUCUGCUGCCCUGCCUCUGAACUCAGUGGGGUCACUGACCACCCAGCCUUCACCAGGGAACCCCGCUUCAGCUCAGCCCCGGAAACCCCAUGUCUGCGAGGAGUGUGGCAAGCGGUUCCGAAUCCUCACCAACUUGGAGCGGCACCAGCAACGCCAUGCGGCGGAGAAGCCUCACCAGUGCCAUGACUGUGGGCGGCGAUUCCGCUGGGGCUGCCACUUAGAGCGCCACCGGCGGUCUCGCCGCUGCGUGGAAUGUGGCGGGGGGCUGGCCACUCCCCCUCCACCUCCGUCCCCGCCCCCAGAACCUGACCGGCCGUACUCCUGCGGGGAGUGUGGCAGGCGGUUCACACAGCGCUCGGCGCUCAGCAAGCACCGCCGGCUGCACUCGGGGGAGCGCCCCUAUGGCUGCGGCGAGUGCGGGAAGCGCUUCCUGCAGCGGUCCGACCUGACCAUUCACGUGCGCUCGCAUUCUGGGGAGCAGCCCUAUGUCUGCACGGAGUGUGGCCGCCGCUUCAGCGUCAGUUCGAAUCUCAGCAAGCACAGGCGCAUGCACCGCGGGGAGCGCCCUCACGCCUGCCCCGUCUGUGCAAAGCGCUUCCUGCAGCGCUCAGAGCUCCUCAUACACCAGCGUGCUCACACGGGGGAACGCCCCUAUCCUUGCACAGCCUGCGGGAAGCGCUUUGCCCGCCGGGCUCAUCUCAAGCGCCACCAGCGCACCCACGGCAACGUGCCUCCCGCCCCCACUGCCUCUCGUCACCCGAGUGCCCGUUCGCUGGCCACCUCUGCAGCAGACGCCUUGUCCCUCGAACGUCGUGGGGGUGUGCCCGACGCUGCAGAAGCACGUCCCCACACCAACACGCUCACCACAGGGUCUUGCACCCCAGCCACUGGGCCCACUGUCUUCUCAGCAGCCCGUGGGUCUGUGGGUGCUGCAUCCUUGGGCCUGCCCUGGGCCGUGUCCUCUUCCACCCGCCUUCCCUUCUGCUCCAGCUCUCUCUGAUCAUGUGGUACCCUUCCCGGGUCCCUAUCCUUCAUCAGUCCCUCUUGGCCAGUGGGCACCCCAGUUGAGCCUCCUUCAGGGAUGGGGCCCAGCUCUCGGCAGAUGCAGGGUGGGGAGGGACCAGGAUCUGAUGGAGUGUGGGAAUUCUUGGACCCACCCCUGGAUUGCUAGGAAGUCUUCAGAUUGCCCCCACCUUGUGGCGUCUCAGUAGGCUCCGUAUGGGGGAGGUGAGAAGUAGAUGGGCAGCCAAAGACCACAGGUGGGACAUCAGCCACUUUCCCCGGACUGUUGAUUGAGCUUCCCAUGGCCAACUAGUGUGAUUGAAGUUGGGCACAAUAUUUAAGGUCUGGCAAGGAAGGGUCAAGUGGCCUGCCUUUGCACAGUGGAGCAAACACCCCACACUUGACUAUAGCUAACAGGUACAAGUAAUCCUGAUUGUUUGCAAACUGCAGUGUGAUGAUACAGGCAUGCAUUUCUGAGACACGUGCACAAGAUUGCUUGUUUUCUUGGCAUCUUCCACCACAUGGUCACCUAUCUUCCUCCUUCCCCCUCUUUAAUCCCAUGUUAGUAAACUCUAUUAGGGCUCCCCACACUUAAACCCUUGCCUUACUUGGCCAGUGAUCUCUCCUUGAUUGAACUGCCUUUGUGGGUAGUUCAACUCAGCUCCCAAAUGCUUAGCAUCCAGUUCUGGAGACUCAAUUUAUGCUUAUGCUGUUGAGUGGAACACAAGCACUGGCUGUUGCAUAAAUUUUGGGGUGGGUUGUGUGUGGAUUUCAGGUUCCAGUAUGGUUCGUGGUUCCCUUCUACUGGUAAAUGUACACGGGCCAAGGACCGCAAGAACCGCAAUCGCAGAGAAAGAGGGAAGCUGAAGGAAGCAAAGGACAGUCACUGAUCUUUUCCGAGCAGUUCAGAAACAGAAUGGUGCUGUAAGUUCUGGCAGGAUUUUAACUUGGCUGCUGCAUGGCUAGUGCCUUCAACAGUGCAUCCUUCGCCAUCAGCUUCUGAGAAAAGCAGGCAGGCAGAAGGCGAAAAGCAGGAGGUGUCUGCUUCGGUGGGAAUUGUGGACUGAAUGCUUUAGGGGUAGACAGGAGCCUGCUUCCUGUAUCCACUGGUGCUUCAGCCAUCCCUGAGGAGAGCAGUGAAUUGUGCUGAGUAGAUCACCUCCGCCAGGCCUGCACCACUCUCGAGGGCUGUUUCCCACUGUAUGGUUGUUUACGAGACCAGUGUUAUUUCUCCAGUCGCUUGUACAUUCCUCGUACCUUUUGGACUAGUGCUUUAUUACUAGGGGUGGGAUCAGAGGGAUGGGCCUAAAAGUCUGUGGUUUGGCCUGGGUUCUAGACUAGGGAGGGGGUUAAUACCUGAUUUAGGACUAAUACAGUAGAACCUUGUUUUAUCCAAUUUUAGCAUGGAGUUUCUUUAACCAACAUAGAAAAAUGAUGAAUCCAAAACUGUACAUAGAAAUGAAUCAAAUAGAAUAUUUUGCAACUCCUUUGCCCCAAAGAAGAUAUUUUGCACCUC